CGCAGCUCCAGCCGCUGCGCGCAUACACCCGGCCCGGCUCCCGAGGGCGCCAGCGCGGCCCCGGGGAGCGCGAGGAGCCGGCGAGCGCGCGGCCUGCCGUUGGCGGCCUGGUCCGCCACGCUCGGCGCCCACCCGUCCCCGAGCUGGGGUCCAAGCCCCCGGGAAGAUGGUGUCCUGGAUGAUCUCCAGAGCCGUGGUGUUGGUGUUUGGAAUGCUUUAUCCUGCAUAUUAUUCCUACAAAGCUGUGAAAACAAAAAACGUGAAGGAAUAUGUCCGAUGGAUGAUGUACUGGAUUGUGUUUGCUCUGUAUACUGUGAUUGAAACAGUAGCAGAUCAAACAGUUGCUUGGUUCCCCCUGUACUAUGAGCUUAAGAUUGCCUUUGUUGUGUGGCUGCUCUCUCCCUAUACCAAAGGAGCAAGUUUAAUAUAUAGAAAAUUCCUUCAUCCACUUCUGUCUUCCAAGGAAAGGGAGAUCGAUGAUUAUAUUGUACAAGCCAAGGAGCGGGGCUAUGAGACGGUGGUCAACUUCGGGCGACAAGGGUUGGCUUUUGCAGCCACUGCUGCUGUCACUGCAGCCGUGAAGAGCCAAGGAGCAAUAACAGAACGUUUACGGAGUUUUAGUAUGCAUGAUCUAACAGCUAUCCAAGGUGAUGAGCCUGUGGGACAGAGACCAUUCCAACCUCUACAAGAAACGAGAAAGAAAAGUAAAUCAGUCUCCGGUGAAUCAGCAGGUUAUGGAAUUCCACUGAAGGACGGAGACCAGAAAACCGAUGAAGAAGCGGAGGGGCCGUAUUCAGAUGAUGAGAUGUUAACGCACAAAGGGCUGCGAAGAUCACAAAGCAUGAAAUCUGUGAAAACCGUGAAAGGCCGCAAAGAGGUUAGUCAGGUGCGAUAUGGAUCCCUAAAAUACAGAGUGAAGAAGAGACCACAGGUGUAUUUUUAGUCAUCUGCACUUAAAGAAUCCCAAGACAAGUUACACUAAUACAUUGACUUUUUUGCUAACGUUAUUCAUUCAGGAUUUACACAUUAAAAUAAUACUUUAAAUUGUG